AUAGUGAAAGAAAUAUAUACGGCUCUAUCUAACAGUUUGUGCAAUAUAAAAAGUAGUUGCUCGGUGAAAGACAACUUAGGAGAAGUAGUCAUGUAAAUUCGUAUACAAUAACGUAAAAUUUGCGUCAAAACAUAAUUCUCUACAUUUUGUUAUGAUGUGUUAGGAGCAUAGAGGCAGGUUGAUAAGCGGGUAUACGUCUCCAGCUGAAUAAAAAAUGAAUCGGAAUAGAGGCAUUACGUCCAUGUACCAAGCGCAUCAUCAGUCAUUGGCAUCAGUUACAGUUAUUACCUCGACUCAAUGGCGAAUGAACGAUGGAAAGACGAUGUCUCAUACGCGAUGACCCCCUUCAAAUUGCUAACGUGGCCCAUCGGCGUUUGGCCACUGCAAGUUUAUAACAUCUAUUCGCUAUUACGAUGCAUCUUUGCCACUUGUUGCGUGAGCCUAGUGGUGAUAUUGUCUUCCAUCGAACUUUAUAUGGGCUGCACUGAUGCCGACCAAAGCGUAGACAGCCUCAUGUUAAUCUCUUCUGGAAUACUUGGUGUGCUGAAGAUAGUAUGGUUUCGUGUUUAUGCAAGGGGUUUGACUAACAAUUACGGCUCUGCUGUGGAUGAUUAUCUGAUGAUUGAAAACACAAAUCAGCGGGCCAUUAUGCGAAAACAUGCUUUUAUGGGAAGAUUUGUCUGCUGUUUCAUGCUGGGUUUCUCUUACUUUGGUUGUAUAGUAUUUGUGCUAAUUCCUCUUCUGGGUGAUAAUAUAAAUAACCAGAUAAAUGUAUCAAAUGAAGACGCUGUAUUAGACUAUCCAAUGCCAUCAAGAUGCGCAUUAGAAUACUUGCAUGUCCCAACAAACAUGUAUAGAAUCUCAUGUCUCAUCGAAACCAUUUCACUUAUUUUAGGAGGAAACGCUAAUCAGGGUACCGACUGUACGUUUCUCAACAUUACGCUGCACGUUUGCGGUCAAGUGGAAAUUUUGAAAGCCAAGUUUCUCGAGUUUGAUGUUACAACACCUAAGGUUUAUGAGCGUUUUAUCGCGCUAAUUAAAAGGCAUAGCUACUUAAUAAGAAUGGCCAGACAACUUGCCGAUACAGUUAAUUUUGUUUUACUAAUUCAGUUAUUCAUUAUCAGUAUACAAUUAUGUAUAAUGGAUUUUCAGUUUAUUCUAGCAUUGAAAGUCAACGACGUUGUUAUGGCAGGAAAAAGUGUAAUAGUGCAGAGUACCUUCCUACUACAAUUAACGCUAUAUAGUUUUAUCGGGGACUAUCUGAAAUCCCAGAUGGAAGAAAUUGGACUUUCAAUUUACCAAAAUGCUUGGUACAACUUUCCUGCGGAUCUGACAAAAAACUUAGUCUUCAUCAUUAUGCGGACACAAUCUCCCGUCAUGUUACAAGCUGGACAUUUUAUUAGCAUAAUAGUGAUCUUGCCUUCCAUGGAGCUUCACAUGGGCUGCACUGACGCGGAGCAGAACAUAGACGGUCUCAUGUUGGCCUGUUGCGGCGUGCUCGGAGUGCUGAAGACUAUAUGCUUCCGCAUAUACGCGAAAAAUUUAACUGACAAUUACGGCUCUGCCCUGAAGGAUUAUCUGACGAUUGAAAACACGGAGCACCGUGCCAUUAUGCGAAGACACGCUUUUAUGGGACGAACCGUCUCCUGUUUCAUGGUGUGCUUCUCUUACUUUAGCGUGACGAUAUAUUCGCUAAUUCCUCUUCUGGGCGAAGAUCUGACUAAUGAUCAAGAUAACCGGAUUAACGUAACAAAUGAAGACGUUGUAUUGGACUAUCCAAUGCCAUCAAGAUGCGCAUUAGAAUACUUGCAUGUCCCAACAAGCAUGUAUAGAAUUAUCUGUUUCUUGGAAUUUAUCGUGCUAAUACUUACGUGUACUAGUAAUCACGGUAAUGACUCUUUGUUCCUCAAUAUUACACUGCAUAUGUGCGGUCAAAUAAAAAUUCUAAAGGCCAAAUUCAUCGGCUUUGGUGCCUCGAGCCCGAGGGUCUAUGAUCGUUUCAAUGCUCUAAUUCAGAGGCAUAACUAUCUAAUAACGUUGGCUAAGGAACUAACUAAAUCGAUCAGUUUAGUUUUGCUGACGCAGUUAUUUAUUAGCAGCAUAUUGUUGUGUAUAAUGGGGUUUCAAUUUAUCUUAGCGUUAAAAAUGCACAACGUUGUCAUGAUGGGGAAAAGCUGCAUGGUAUUGUGUACCUUCCUAACACAAUUAUCCGUAUACAGUUUUGUCGGGGAUUACUUGAAAUCCCAAAUGGAAGAAGUUGGACUUUUCAUUUAUCAGAGCAUCUGGUAUGAUCUUCCUACGAAGUUGGCGAAAAAUUUAAUCUUCAUCAUUAUGCGGACACAAUCUCCCGUCAAGCUGCAGGCUGGAAAUUUCAUCGUGGUAAACCUAGCAACUUAUAUGAGUAUCCUGAAAACUUCUAUUUCGUAUCUAUCUGUACUACGUGUAAUGAUAGAAACAUAAAAUAUAAAGCCUAUGAUAAAAAUAUUUCACAAAUUAU